AUGGAUUCUAAUUAGGGAUAGAAUUAAGUAUCUGAAGAUAAAAGCUUGUUUACUGUUAUUGAUAGAUUUGCUCUAAACUUGGUCAAGUAAAAUUUCUAAAGAUAGAUAGCAGAGAUUGAAAACCAGUUUAAAGUUUCCAUUACUAUAAUUGAAGAAUAUGGUUAAGUUUUAAUUAAGAGAACUAGUGAUGAAGUUAGUACACCUGAAUUGGAAAAAGAGUUGUUUUAAUAAGUAGGCUAUAAAGUACUUGAGCUAACUAUUAUUCAAUCUAGCAAACUCAAGGAAGGUAAGAUUGAUAGCAAUAGUGAGUUUUAUCUUAAAAUUGAAAAGAAUCUUAAAAAGAAAUAUGAAAGUUUGAACAGAAAGUAAGAUUAUGAAAUCUCUUUAUAGACUAAUGAUAUUGAUUAAAAUUUCUCAUCAUCCAAGAAGUAUAAACCUUUAGUCCUCAAGUCGUUGAAUAUAAAAGGUAAAUUUGUGGUAAAGAUAUGCAAGAUAGAGUAGCCAGAAAACUUAAAUUUCGAUAAAAUCGAUGUUGUCGUACUAAAUAUGACAAAAACAGGUAUAUACCUUGACGAAUUCGGGUACUAGUUAGUUAAAUCUAAUAAUCAAUUGAACUUGCUACUUAAGUCUCUUAAGCAGCAAAUUUAACAUUCUGACUAUAUUGACGAAAAAGUAUUUUUAGUAGGCAGCAAAAAUAUUAGUUUAAUAAUACAAUUUGAAGACAAUGAAGAUGCCUGUAUAAAUCGUUUACUUUAAAUACUUGAUAAGCUCAAAGAUUAGAAGUUCUAAUAAAAAGGCAACUUACGUAUUUUUAUAGGGUGGAGACCUUGCUGUGGAUAGAAAUAUUUUGAAACCCUUUACAAGUAUUUGGAAAAAUUAGAUUCUAGUAAAACUUAUCUUUAGUUUCCCACAGAAAUUUGCCUAGUGACUGAUGAAGGAUUGGAAAAUCAAGUAUUGCAAGUUGUUUAAACUGUUUAAUUCAAUUAAACUGUAAGCGGAAAAAUAGAAAUGAAAAAAGAAGUCUUAUGGAAUAUAAAUACUGAAAAAUAUCCAAGAUUUGUUGAUUAAAAUGUAUAAUUACCAGGUAUCGUUUUAGGAAAAGAGCUUACCGAAAUGAUUGAAAAAGCAACUGAGCUAAAGCAAGAAGAGUUUUAUUGUGCACUGAAGCUUGAUGGGUAGGAAAAGUAAUUUUUCUAAACUCCAAAGGAAUUAGGUAUGAAUCCUGAAAUAGUAGAUAGGUUAAAACUAAAUUUAAAAGCAUUAAAGGAAACUAACUUAUCAUAAAGCUGCACCAACUAAAUUCUUAACCAGUGUGACUUCUAUUACUAUCUCCACCCUUAUGAAGAAGAUUACAAAAUGUAUCCAGAAGAUGUGCAAAACGUCAUAAGAUCUUAUGUAAAGUUAGGAUUUUUUGAACUAAGAUUGGAGAGAGACUCCUGCACGAUGGAUAUAAUUACUCCAAUUUUUAAGAUAAACAUUAAGUAGUUAACGAUGCAAUAGAUUUAGGGGAAUAAGAAAUUGGUUUAUUUGAAAAGAUAAGAGAAAUAAGUUUAAGUUAUGAAUACUGAAUAGAAAUAGGCAUAUGAUGAGAUUAUGAAAAUAAAUGUGCUCUAAUUUUUGUAGAGUGAUCAAGCUGAAAAAGCCUAAGACUUAACUUUGAAGUCGAAGCCUUAUAUUUAUGUAAGGGCAAAACCUGAAACUUAUGAUGAAAUAAGCUAAUUUAUAACUUAAUUAAAACUAAAUUCAUUUGUUACUCAUCACAUCAAAAUAAACUAACAAAAUUUAAACACAGUAGUAAAAUAAUAUUUAGAAUAAACUUCUCUGAUAGAAAAUGUAGAAAUCAGCAUUGUUGACGAUAUCUUGCUGAUAUAUGGCUUUAAAAAGACUUUGAAUAGGAUUUUACCAGCUUUGAUGAGCAAGGUUUGCGAUAGCAAGUAUGGCGAAGAAUCUGUUUACGCAAUUCCUUCAUUUUGGGAACCUUAAAAUAAUAACCAUCUUUUAUUCAGCCUCAGCUUGAACUCUGUAGAAGCAGUAAAAUGUAUAAAUAUGUUUAAUCAAAGUAUGUCAAAUAUUGUGAGAAAGGUGUACAGAAUCCAAAAUAUGAAUUUAUGGAAAAACUAUUAAUUUGAAAAAGAAACUCUUCUUUAAAAAGGUAAUGCAAGCGAAAGACUUCUUUUCCAUGGACCAGGUGUUAACGUCAAUCCAGAAACAAUUUACACAGCUAUCGAAGAAGGUUUUGAUUUUAGAAAUGACUCUAUUUAAAAUGGAUAAAUUUUUGGUAGAGGAGCUCAUUUCCAUGACUAAGCUAGUAAAGCAAACCAAUAUGCUUAUAUAACAAGUGGUAAAAGAUAAAUAAUUAUUGCAAGUGUCCUUAUUGGUAAAGCUUUCGAGACAUCAUCAAAUGCUUCUUAUACAAAGCCUCCAGUUAUCACUGAAGGAAAAGAAUAAAGAUAUGACUCAGUCAAAUCAAAUAAUUAAGAAGGCAAUAAUACUUAUGCUGUUUACCACAACUCAAAGGCAUAUCCUUAUUACUUAUUAGAAUAUGAUUGA